AUGGCGAUUGUGGAGAAUUGGCUGCCGCCAUCGCGCGAGAACUGGGAGCUGAUUUGCUACAUCUGGCAGUUCUUUCCUGUUAUUACUGCGGCGCAAUGGGUUCUGGACUGGUACCCACAGGGCAAGACGUCGAUUGAGUCGCGUUUCAACAUCGAUGGCAAGAUAGGAUGGGCGACCAUGGAGUCGGCAGGCUUCAUAACCCUGCUGUACAUCAUGUUUACGCUCCCGAAAGAAUUGGGUCUUGCGGAACUACCGUUGGGCAACUGGACCAUGGCUGGAUGCUUUGUCUUCCACUACAUCUACCGCGCAGUUAUCUCACCCCUCUUUCUCAAUCCCAGCAUGUCGCCAAUGCACCCGUUUGUUUGGAUCAUGGCAUUUGGGUUCCAAAUGUUCAACGCCAUCUCCAUUGGCGGCUACCUCGCGGGAUACGGACCAACAUCACGAGACGAGUGGGCAGCGCGACAAGAGUACAUGUUUCUAGGGCUCGUGAUUUGGUGCUGGGGACUUUUGGCCAACAUGUUCCACGACGACGACCUGCGCGAGAUCCGGAGAUCAGCAGACCGCAAGCAACGCAAGGCAGCCGCUGAGCAGGGCAAGGCGGUGGACAAUGUGGACAAGGUGUACAUGAUACCGAAGAACGGCCUGUUCAAGUACUCGCUGCACGCGCAUUACCUGUGCGAGUGGAUUGAGUGGGCAGGGUGGUGGAUGAUUGGGGGCUGGCAGUGUGUGCCUGCACGCACGUUUCUUCUCAACGAGAUUUCUACCAUGCUUCCGCGCGCGUUGCAGGGCAAGCGGUGGUACGAGAAGAAGUUUGGUAAGGAUAAGCUGCAAGGGCGCAAGGCCAUAAUUCCGGGCGUGCUCUAG